AUGUCCUCCCUCCGCACCGACCCACCAGCGGACGUUAUUAUCAAUGUAGUCGAUGUUGGCAUUAAUUGGAACCUGAAUAUCGUUCUUGUCGAUUGCCAUUGUCAAAAACAGGGGAUGCUCGAGAAGAUAGGUGAUAAGUCUAUACAAUACUUCACCUUUUCGGAUCAUCAAAGAAACAACAUCCAGAAGGCAACAGUGGAAGAACUAGCUCAAGAUAAGUCCAAGUUCGAUAUUGUUGAUAAAGAUAUUCUGGACAGAAUCGAGGGCUAUCAGAACAAAACCGGCCAUGAGACGACGACGGAGUCAGAAGCCAAGAUCGCCUUUUUCGUGGCCCAGAAGCUAAUGAGCCAAUAUAACGUCGCCCAUGCGGAUCUGAGAUAUCGGAAGCAAAGCGCAGUAUGGAGGAAGAAGCGUGGUAUUUAUUACAAAUACGAAGGACUGAUUCAAGCGUGCCGUGAACGAGACCUUUGUCCGAAAAAUACCGAGGGUGAUGUGUACCUUCUUCGAUAG